UAGCGUCUCUGAAAAAUCUAGACUUUUUCACUCUCUGUGGGCCUUCUUCUCCUUCGACACCACUGUUCUUAACAUUUGUACUAUUGAAAAAUUUGGAAUCACCCCUCGUUCUGGUUACAGUGUCAUGGGAAACAAAUGAGAAUCUGAGUGGAAAGGGAGAAAGACAUAGGGAACGUAAAAGAGAAUUAUGGAAGGAUCCACGGUACAAACUCAAAUUCUAGGAGAUGAAAACGAGAGAGGAAAACCAGCUUCUUCUAAGACUGGUCUUGAGGUAUCAGUUUCAUUCGGUAGAUUUGAAAAUGAAUCAUUAUCUUGGGAGAGAUGGUCAUCCUUUUCACAGAACAAAUAUCUGGAAGAAGUUGAGAAGUGUUCGACCCCUGGAUCGGUGGCUGAGAAGAAAGCUUAUUUUGAAGCCCAUUACAAGAAGAUAGCAGCACGAAUGGCUGAACAAGUGGAGCAGGAAGUGCAAAUGGAAGCUCACAGUUUGGGAUCGGAUGAGACAAUUUCUGGAGAUCUAGUUAACAAUGGUUGCGAGUUCAAUAAUGGAUCCAGUCUAUCAAUGACUGAUGUGAGGGAACCAAAGACCAACGCACUCAGUUUGGUGAGUAGCUCCAACACUGAUGAGUCGAACAAGGAUGCUGAUAUCACUGGCUCAAACAAGGAAGCUGAACUCGAUGUGGAUUGCCAAGGCUCAUUUGGUGAGGAGCUGAAAGAAGAGUUGGAAGGAAGAUUUGAUAGUCCAAAUUCAAUUUCACUGGAAAUGGGUAUUUUGGUAGAAGAAAACAGCCCUAUAUCUCAGGCCACAACGGAACUUCCACAGCAAUUGGACAAUGGUGGAGUCAACACCCAAGAGAAUAAGGUGGAGGAUUCCAAAUUAAAGCCACCAAAGGAAUCUCAGAAGGAGUUGAAAUUUCAGAGGACUCCAGCUACGACGAAAAAGCGUUUGACAAGAACAAAGAACAACCCAGCGUCCCAUACUCCAAAAUCACCACAGAUCUCAAUAUCUGAAAAAUCACCAAAGCCUAGACUAUCUUCUGCUGUGAUGUCUACCACUCGAACUCCAGCUACAAAGGGAAGUCGAUCAUCCUUGCAGACGAGCCAGAAUCUUUCCACAGUAGAAAGCAGGAGAGCAACUAACACCUCCCUAUCAAAGUCUCUUGUUUUGCGGCCUGAAAAUUCUGAAUCGGCUUCUCUUAAGAUGAAAAAUUCUGAAUCUUUCCACAGUAGAAAGCAGGAGACAACAAGAAAAUCUUUCAUAAUGGAGAAGAUGGGAGAUAAGGAAAUUGUUAAGCGGGCGUUUAAGGCAUUUCAGAAUAAUUUCAACCAAUUAAGACCUACCGCUGAAACAGAACCUUCUGCUACUAAGCAGGUCCCUGCAAGGGUGAAAGGGCAAAGUAAAACUGCUUUGAUGACUAGGAAAAAAGAAAUUGAAGGAACAAGGAAUGCAGUGGAGAAUGUGAGAGCUCCAAGAACGCAGAUGGGUGCAAGUCAAAACUCUGUUUCGGCAAGGCCCCUCAAAGCAGCUUCUGUAGAUCAUCUGCAAUCUGCCUUAUCUACUCCCUUUAGCCUGAGAAGCAGUGAAAGAGCAGAGAAACGAAAGGAGUUCCUUAAGAAGCUUGAGGAGAAGUCCAAUGCUAAGGAGGAAGAGAAGAUGCAACUUCAGUCAAAAUCUAAGGUGCAAAAAGACGCAGGAAUAAGAAUGCUAAGACAGAGCCUUAAGUUUAAAGCAACACCAAUGCCAGAUUUUUAUAGUGGUCAAGUGUCAAAAACCCCUGUCAAAUAAGGGACUCGGGAUACCUCAUGGACCAAAGUCCGAUAGGUGAUGAGUUUCGUGCAUACCCUACAUAAGGCUGGGAUGAAAGAGGAAUCUUUGUGGCCCUCAAACAGAAAAGGAGAUGAUUUUGUACAAAAUGGGGAAAUUGAUCUACAUGCAUUUUGGAGGUGAACUGGCAAGUAAAGAGAUACAAAGAGAUGUAUUUAUUAGGUAGAAAUUAGGACCACAGUACAUUAUCUUCAGCUGCUCAACAUUAAUUAUGGAUGAGUGACAAACUGGAUAUAUGUGGCGAUCCCCUUGUUAAUCCUUCUUGUAUUUACAGGGGCGUACUGGUAAUGUAAAAAAGGAUCAAAGACAUUGGAGCAGGUUCCAUAUUUCUGUUGUAUUCAGGAAGUGGUUGGUUGUGAAAAACAAUAGUAGUUUGGGCAUUUGUAGAUUUAUUUGUAGUAUGGCAUGGUCAUUGUUAUAGAACAUGAAAUGAAAUGAGAGGAAAUAAAGUACAAGAAGUCCCAGCUUCAAAUUAUUUAAUAAAAAGCUGGAAAAAUACCUUAAUUGUUGCCAAA